AUGGAGAAUAAAAAUUUAAACCAUCAUUUUAUUAGACAGCCCAAAGCAGAAAUGGGGCGCAUAACGUAUAAAAGAAAAAUAAUAAAUAAAAUUUUAUUGAAACUAAAAGUAUUGUUGAAUUGUAUUUGGGACAAGAAUGUUUCUUCCCUGGGCAAGACACACAUGAAAAAAGUUUUUCUUUUUAAUCCUUUCUACAUUUUGUUUUUUUUUGUCUUGUCCAUACACUAUUUUAUCCUUCUCUUAAAAAACUCCCAUUUUCUCAAUCUCAAUAUCUGCACAUUAUCAGUGCUAUUAUACCACGAAGGCUUUGCUCGUAGGAAGAUCUGA